GGUUAGAAUUUGUGUGUGUUGCGGUGGCAUUUGCACAGCCCAUGUGUAGAGUGGCCCACUCCAUUUGCAGCAACAGCCGUAAGCAAACCCUUCUCCAUUUCAUUUCACAGUAAAAUGCAUGCUAUUGCGUUCUUCGUCCUCUUUCUAAAAUCUACUCCUCUUAAACUAACUACCACUAUUUCAUUAUUCAUACCUCGAAUCGAAAUAAACAAACCCUAGAACUAUGGCGAAGAAACGCGUUCCCGAUUGGCUCAACAGUCCUAUCUGGUCCUCCCCCUCCGAACACAACCGCUUUUCCGCCGCUUUUGACCCACCGGAACCUCCCUCUCCACCCCCUGUCACCGUCGAAGAAGAUCCUCCUUUAAUUCAACAUCGUACAAAUCACAAUGGUAUUGCCACUUCAUCUCCCUCUUCUUCUUCAUCCUCUGCUUCUACUUCCUCCGCCGACGACAUGUCCAUCUCUCGCCGGGCCCAGUGCCAGGCUCAAUUGUUAGCCGAGUUAUCUAGGAAGGUCAUUGAUAUGCGGGAAUUGAGGAGAAUUGCUUCUCAAGGGAUACCUGAUUUUCCUGGUUUACGUUCUACUGUCUGGAAGCUUCUGCUAGGUUAUCUACCACCUGAUCAUGCCCUUUGGUCCUCUGAAUUGGCAAAGAAGAGGUCACAAUACAAACGUUUCAAACAAGACAUUCUUAUCAAUCCUUCAGAAAUCACGAGGAGGAUGUGGGACUCUGCUGAUUAUGAUGCCGACGAAGUCAAAUGUGAGACCAGGUGCAUGCUUUCUAGAUCACAAAUCACUCACGGGGAACAUCCUUUGAGUCUUGGCAAGACCAGCAUUUGGAAUAAGUUUUUCCAGGAUACCGGUAUCAUAGAGCAGAUUGACCGCGAUGUGAAGCGUACUCAUCCAGAUAUGCACUUCUUCUGUGGUGAUUCUCAAUUAGCAAAAUCUAAUCAGGAGGCCUUAAAGAACAUAUUAAUUCUUUUUGCAAAGUUGAACCCAGGUAUUAGAUAUGUUCAAGGGAUGCAUGAAGUAUUGGCUCCUUUAUUCUAUGUGCUCAGAAAUGAUCCGGAUGAGGAAAAUGCAGCCUUUUCUGAAGCCGACACAUUCUUUUGUUUUGUUGAAGUAAUGAGUGCAUUCCGAGAUAAUUUUUGUCAACAGCUUGACAAUAGUGUUGUUGGAAUUCGUUCGACUAUAACAAGAUUGUCUCAUCUUUUGAAAGAACACGAUGAAGAACUAUGGCGUCAUCUUGAGGUCACGACCAAAGUCAACCCCCAAUUUUAUGCAUUUAGGUGGAUUACUCUCCUCUUGACUCAGGAGUUCAAUUUUUCUGAGAGCCUUCGUAUUUGGGAUACUCUUUUAAGUGAUCCUGAUGGUCUCCAGGAGACACUUCUCCGGAUAUGCUGUGCAAUGCUGAUUCUAGUUCGGAGGCGGCUCCUGGCGGGUGAUUUCACUUCUAAUCUCAAAUUGUUGCAAAGUUAUCCUUCUACAAACAUUAGUCAUUUGCUCCAUGUUGCCAAUAAGUUACGUGUACAGUCAGUGUAACGGUUUUCCCAACGGUUUUUAUUUUAUUUUAUUUUGUUUUAGCCUUCUACGCGGCAUUUCAAUUUUAUGUUUGUAAAUUAUACUAUGUAAAUGUUGGUUAAAAGCAACAACUAGUAUUGUUUUAUACUCAAA